AAAGGUCAAGUCCUACAACGCACAACCCACGGUCAUUACUGUACUGUGACCCGGGGUGUACUGGGGAGGAACGGCCGGGUGUCCCGUGAUCAAAAACACUGGGACUUUUUUUACUUUUUUUUUUUCUCUCCUUUUCGUGCGGUGGGAAUCCGUGGCAUUAGACAGCAUUUUAGCCUCCUGCAAUCACCUUGUGUGCAAACCGCCAUCGGAAAUCCUAGGGGACGAGGAGAGAGAGAGAGGAAAAACUAAAUAGCAAUAAUUGUACUAAUAGUAACAGCAAUAAUCGUCAUUAGCCUGUGAUAUUGCUGCAUUUUGUCUGAAGCUGGCAGGAAGGACGAUGUGCCCUAGUGGCUAGAUUUCUCUGCGUCUAAAGGCAGACCAACAACAACUUGAACCAAAAAAAAAAUAUAUAUAAAACCCCAAUUCAACAUCAACCCAAGUCACUGAGAGAUCGAGAAGGAAUAUUCUGUGGACCGGGUAUAUUUAAUCUAUAAGGGAGGAAACCAAAAAAAUGUGCAAUCCAUCCUCACUGAUCUGGAGGUCUGCAGCCCAGCGCGGGAUCCUAGCUGUCAGUCACCGUGGGGAUAUAUUUUUGCGCAGGCGAGAGACUUCUGGAUGCUGGGGGGAGGGGGAAAGACCAAACCGAACCAAAACAAACUAAAAAAAAAUUUAAAAAAAGAAAGGAAAAAAAGCCCAACAAAACCAAAACCAAACCACCGGCCGAUUUCUUGAGGAGGGUUUCCUGCUCGGAAGCAGCUUUCCAGAAGAAACCGUGUCUGCAUCUCUCCUGUGCCCUCCGUCUCGGAGCCUGCCAGCCGGCCGCCGACCGCCCCAGCAAGCACACAGACAAACAGAAAGGCGCUGGCGACGAGCUGUUGCUUCCCCCCGCGAUGGCCACAAAGGGAGCGGGGCCCGGACCCGCCGCUCGUCAAUGUCAACGUCGGGCCACGUGACCGCACCUCCCUGCCGCCGCCGGGGAGAGCUUUCCACGUCAGCUUACGUCUCCCCAUCUCUUACUUCACGGAUCUGCUUCAAAGAGGCAGCUGCGUUAGAGAAUCAUGUUAAGCUCAGCUAAUGCGGAGAAGCCGAGGUAGCCCUAAUGAUGGAUUUUGAUGAGCGUGUUCCUUGUUCCUCUAACAUGUAUUUGCCAAGUUGUACUUACUACGUCUCGGGUCCUGAUUUUUCCAGCCUCCCUUCUUUUUUGCCCCAGACCCCGUCUUCUCGCCCUAUGACAUACUCCUACUCCUCCAACCUACCCCAGGUCCAACCUGUGAGAGAAGUUACCUUCAGGGAAUAUGCCAUUGAUCCCUCCAGUAAAUGGCACCCCAGGAACAAUCUGCCCCACUGCUACUCCGCAGAGGAGAUCAUGCACAGAGACUGCUUGCCUGCCACCAACACUGCUAGCAUGGGCGAGAUGUUCGGCAAAAACACAGCUAACGUCUACCACCCCAGCACCAACGUCUCCUCCAAUUUCUAUAGCACGGUGGGCAGGAACGGGGUCCUACCCCAGGCUUUCGACCAGUUUUUCGAGACGGCUUAUGGCACGGCGGAAAACCUGGCCUCGGCGGACUACCCGGUAGACAAGAAUGGCGAGAAGGCGCCGGCGGCCGCCGGGGCGGCGGCGGCAACUUCAAGUUCGGAGGGCGGCUGCGGCAGGGCGGCGGCGGCGGCGGCGGCGGCGGAGAAGGAGAGGCGGAGGCGGCCGGAGAGCAGCAGCAGCCCCGAGUCAUCUUCCGGCAACAAUGAGGAGAAAUCCGGCAGCUCCAGUGGACAACGUACCCGUAAAAAGAGAUGCCCAUACACCAAAUAUCAGAUUAGAGAGUUAGAAAGGGAAUUCUUCUUCAGUGUCUACAUAAACAAAGAGAAACGCCUCCAGCUCUCCCGAAUGCUCAAUCUGACCGACCGCCAAGUGAAAAUAUGGUUUCAGAACAGAAGAAUGAAAGAAAAAAAAAUUAACAGGGACCGAUUACAAUAUUACUCAGCUAAUCCACUACUUUAAAACUCAUAGCGUUUUUCAAGACGAGAUUAAAUUCAGAUUUCGCCCUUGACAAGGUCAAGCCACGGGGUUACGUGGAGGAAGGAGGUGUGUAUCUGACGGGACUAGAAGAAUCCAAGGUUUUACAUACAUGUAAAUCUACUCUGGAACGUCAAUGAUGAUUUUUAUAUAUAUAUUUACAUAUCAACUGGAAUCGAUUUGAUUUUGACACACAUGGCAUCCAUUUCUAAACGUGCACGUCACCUCUGAGUGCAAAAUCCAUACCUCUUACCUUUCCAGGCACUGCGGCUCACCCUGCUACCGCUUUCGGCAGGCACAGGCGGGGACGGCACCCCUCCGUCCCCGGACUCGCCCACCCCCCGGCCCUCCCUCGCCCCUGUGCUGCUGCGGAACAGUUGUCUGGAGAUCGCCAGGUCGAGCUCACGCAACCAGGACCACUGCAGAAUAUAAACUUUGAGAGAUAAUCUUUUGUUCUCCCUUUGGCGGAAAAUGUCUAGGUUAGAGGCAUUACUCCAUUGUCCAUGGUUUUGAAAGGAGAAUUUAAUGGGGGGACACACAUACACAGAAUUAAAGGGAAGGGAGGGAAUGACAUGGCUACACCUUCACGAGGCCAACCGCGAGCAGUUGUAAUAUGGAUGUAGUGAUGGGUAUAAUAGUGUUUCCUUUGGGGGUGUGGGGAGGGACAGGGUAGGGGGAAGAAAGAGAAGUAAAUGAAAGACUUAAUUAUUUACUGAAAAAAUCAGGUAUAAAUUCGCCAUAUAUCGUAAAGAAACAAUCACUGAAAAGAAAAAUUAGCAAAUUUUAAUUAGCUCUCGUUUUAUUUAUGACAACUGACUAUGCGUUGCCAUCUUUUCGGAGACAAAUCAUAUUUAAAUACUAAAAAUAAAACGGCAAAAAAGGAAGUGUGAAUUUCUGCGUUUAAAAAGAAACAACUCCAUAAAGGAAACUAACCUUCUGGCUUCUGGCUCACAAACUUUCUUCAGGAAAUACCUGUGGAGAACGACAGUUUAGCAAAUACCACACAACACUUAAUUGAAACUUGGAGUUGUGCAAUGCACUAACAUUGGAUCAUUAAAAUAACUCGAUUGCAUGUUCGUUUAAAGGUGACUAGUGAGGAGUUUAAACAGAAGCCAAACAAUGUAAAUAUGGUAAUUUUGUUGUUGUCUACUUUAAAUGUCACGAGCUCUACUUCGUCGCCCAGUCGACAUAUGCAAAGAAUGGAAAGUUGUUCGGAGUUAUUUUAAAUAUCUAUAAAUAUAUAUAUUUCCCUGCAGGAACCAAAGCGUGAAAAAAAAAGCAAUUUAAAAGAAAUAAAAGAGAAAAAAAGGAAAAUAUUUAAAAUUCUAUAUCAGUUUACAAAGGAUACGGUGUUCUAUCGUUAAGGUAAUUUGCUGUUGAGAAUAUCUGAAUGUAUAUUUCAUACAGGAACGGUGUUUUACAAGACUUGUAAAUAAUAAAAAAAGAACCCAUGACCUAUUUUGUUCGAAUGCCUUUUUUUACCCCCCCUUUUUUUUUUUUUUUUUGUUCCUUUGGGGCUAGAGGGUGUGGGAUUUCUUUACAUGUGCAACGAAGUGGUGAUAAGAAUGUUUUUUGAUUAAUAAAUUUACCAAAUGGAUGUAAUUUCUUUGACACGUUCACAAAAUGCAAUAUCUUUAUAUGACAUCACUGUUUUCAAUAUGUAUCAUCUAUUUGUAUAUACAGUUUUCUUUUAAUAUGCGAAAGUAUUUGGUUGCAUGUAUACAGUGGAACAGCGCACAAGGAAAAUAAAAAAAUGGAAACUUUA